GAGAGGGAGAGAGAGAAGACAGAACAACAGAUCAGAGGGCAUGUUGCGUUCUUAUAUUUCUUUAUUCCUCUUCUUCCAAUCUGCUGCUCUACCUUUCUGGUAAGAGUAAGACACGGGCGACUUGUCGCUGAAUCAAUCACGCUUGUAGUAUGUAGCAAUAGCAGUCCCGGCACUGCACUGGCAGUUCGCUGGUGUUGUCCUCUUGUUCAUGGCACGUAGCGCGUGUCCGGGCACUCUCUGGAGUUGGACUCUCACGCGUGUUGGGCCUUUCGUGUGCGAUGCGAGGGAGAGGGAUUCAAGUCCGCUGCAACGAGCAGUGUUGCCUUGCCGCCGGUUCACCCAAGAGCGCCGGCGCUUCUUGCUUCACGCGGUAUAACCCGAGCCUCCUGUUCGUCCUUGCCGGGCUCACGCAUUUCUGGCUCCAGCUCCUCUGCUUCUGGUGGUUGACUGGUCCGGAGGCGCCUCGUCCCGCUCCUACGCCGCCACAGGAUGGCGCUGCUCACGGCGCCGGCGGUGGCCGCGCUGCUGCUCUUCUUCUGGUCCGCGGCCGCGCAGGGCGUGCCGCCGUACAAGGACGCCAGCAAGGACGUGGAGGUCCGCGUCAGGGACCUCCUGGCCCGGAUGACGCUGGCCGAGAAGGUCGGCCAGAUGACGCAGAUCGAGCGGCUCGUUGCGUCGCCGCAGGUGCUCAGGGACUACUACAUCGGCAGCCUGCUGAGCGGCGGCGGGAGCGUGCCGCGGAAGCAGGCCACGGCGGCGGAGUGGGUCGCCAUGGUCGGCGACUUCCAGAGGGCCUGCCUGUCCACGCGCCUCGGCAUCCCGAUGAUCUACGGCAUAGACGCCGUGCACGGCCACAACAACGUGUACGGCGCCACCAUCUUCCCCCACAACGUCGGCCUCGGAGCCACCAGGGAUCCUAAUCUGGUGAAGAGGAUCGGCGCCGCCACCGCGCUUGAAGUGAGGGCCACCGGCAUCCAGUACGCGUUCGCUCCUUGCAUUGCUGUGUGCCGUGAUCCGAGGUGGGGCCGGUGCUACGAGAGCUACAGCGAGGACCGCCGUCUCGUGCAGAACAUGACUGAGCUCAUCCCGGGACUGCAGGGCGACGUCCCGCAGAAUUUCACCAGCGGCAUGCCCUUCGCCGCCGGAAAGAACAAGGUGGCGGCGUGCGCCAAGCACUUCGUCGGCGACGGUGGCACCCACGACGGCAUCAACGAGAACAACACCAUCAUCGACCGCAAGGGCCUGAUGAGCAUCCAUAUGCCGGCCUACCUGGACGCGCUCCGCAAGGGCGUCUCCACGGUCAUGAUCUCCUACUCCAGCUGGAACGGGCUCAAGAUGCACGCCAACCACAACCUCAUCACAGGCUUCCUCAAGGGCGAGCACAAGUUCCAGGGCUUCACGAUCUCGGACUGGGAAGGCAUCGACAGGAUCACCAGCCCUCCAGGGGCGAACUACUCCUACUCUGUGCAGGCUUCAAUUCUUGCUGGCAUUGACAUGAUCAUGGUGCCAAACAACUACCAAGACUUCAUCACCAUCCUGACCGGUCACGUGAACAGCGGCCUGAUCCCGAUGAGCAGGAUCGACGACGCCGUGACGAGGAUUCUGCGCGUCAAGUUCACCAUGGGCCUGUUCGAGAACCCCAUGCCGGACCCUAGCCUCGCCGACCAGCUGGGGAAGCAGGAGCACAGGGACCUGGCGCGGGAGGCGGUGAGGAAGUCGCUGGUGCUCCUCAAGAACGGCAAGCCUGGCGACGCGCCGCUGCUGCCCCUGCCCAAGAAGGCCGCCAAGAUCCUGGUCGCCGGGAGCCACGCCGACAACCUGGGGUACCAGUGCGGCGGGUGGACGAUCGAGUGGCAGGGCGACACGGGCCGCAUCACCGUCGGCACCACGCUCCUGGACGCCGUGAAGGCGGCCGUGGACCCGUCGACGGCGGUGGUGUUCGCGGAGAACCCCGACGCGGGCUUCGUCAGGAACGGCGGCUUCUCGUACGCCAUCGUGGCCGUGGGCGAGCACCCGUACACGGAGACCAAGGGCGAUAGCAUGAACCUGACGAUCCCGGAGCCCGGGCCGAGCACCAUCCAGACGGUGUGCGGCGCCGUGCCCUGCGCGACCGUGCUCAUCAGCGGCCGCCCCGUGGUGAUACAGCCGUUCCUUGGCACCGUGCACGCGCUCGUGGCGGCCUGGCUGCCGGGAAGCGAAGGCCAGGGCAUCACCGACGUGCUCUUCGGGGACUACGGCUUCACGGGGACGCUGCCGCGGACGUGGUUCAAGUCGGUGGACCAGCUGCCGAUGAACUACGGCGACGAGCACUACGACCCGCUGUUCCCGCUCGGGUUCGGGCUCACCACACAGGGCAAGAAGGGGUGCUAGAAGAAGACGGGGUGGGGGGUGGUACUUGGUAGAGAUAGGAAAUUGGAUUAAACAGUGCUCUGGCGAGGGGACAUGAACUGGGGAGUUCUUGUUUCCUUGUUUUAUGUCGAUUAAUUUUGUUGUAUGCUCCUCACUUGCGCUAAUAAGUUUUUUUUUUGGUUAUAUACCGGAGUUCAAAUUAUUUA